AUGGUCUAUAAGGCGUUCUCUGUCCCGAAAAAGAGGUCUUUUGUAGUUCCGGGUAAAAGGCGUAUUUCGGUCUUCAACAUUCAUUACGAAUUACAUCAAUCAGUGCGUCGGCGUGCAACGGUUCCUAAAUUCAGCCCUUUGGGUGUAGCCGGGUUAAACACCCCUACGUUGUCUCUGGC